GAAGAACUAGAAUUGACGUCUAAAUAAUACUGUAAUUAAUUUUAGAUUUUAGAGGGAAUUUUUGUUUACACAAAAAAAUCGUUAAAAAUUUAUUAGACCAACAAAUGAACUUUCUUCGAUACACACUGUUUGGAGAAGCCAUUUGCUAUUUAGCUAAAAGGAAACGUGAUAAAGAUGCGGACGAAUUAACAAGAGUUGAGUCCCAAAUAUCAAGUUAUACAAGGAAAUCCAAAGAGAAUGAUGUAAAUCAAAAGGAAUUCAUAGUUACUUGGAACGGAGAAAAUGAUCCUGAGCACCCGCAAAAUUGGCCUGUACUGGUAAAGAGUUUGAUUACCAUUCAGAUUUGCCUUCUUACAUUUUCAGUAUACGUUGGCUCUGCUAUAUUUACACCUGGUGAAAUUGAGAUGAUGAAGGUGAUGCAUGUUGGUGAGGUUCCUAUAACCUUAGGAUUGACUAUGUUUGUAGUUGGUUAUGCUGUGGGGCCUUUAAUUUUAUCACCUCUUUCAGAACUACCACAGGUUGGUCGCUUAAGGAUUUAUUUGGCAACACUCUUUGUUUUUAUUUGCCUUCAGAUUCCUACAGCUUUGGGAAGCAGCCUUGGUGUGCUACUUCCAAUGCGAUUUUUGGCUGGGUUCUUUGGAUCACCUGCUUUAGCUACUGGAGGUGCUACCUUGGCUGAUAUUUGGCAGCCAACGCUUCUUCCUUAUUUAAUAUGUAUUUGGUCUCUAGGCGCUGUUGCUGGCCCUGUUUUAGGUCCAUUGCUCGGCGCUGCAAUGGUCGUGGCAAAAGAUUGGAGAUGGCAAUUUUGGUUUUUGAUGAUACUUUGUGCUUUUAGCUUUAUUUUCCUUCUUUUUUCAAUGCCGGAAACAUCAGAAUCCUAUUUGCUAUACAAACGUGCAAAAGGCUUAAGAGAAUCAAGGGGCAACCCGAGUUAUGUCACAGAAGGUGAAGUAGCGUCUCGUGAAACAAAAUUUUCGCAAUUAGCCCUUGAAACUGUUUGGCGUCCCAUUCACCUUAGUAUCUCUGAACCAAUCGUUUUAUCGUUAAACAUUUACAUUGGUUUGAUCUAUGCCAUCCUUUAUCUAUGGUUUGAAGCGUUUCCAAUUGUUUUUCAAGGGGUUUACCAUUUCACGCUUAUAGAAAACGGCCUUACAUAUAUGGGAAUUAUGGUAGGCGUUUUUAUUGCGCUAGUUCUCUUUUAUAUUGGGCUCUAUAAAGUUACAAUUCCAAAGUAUUUGGCUUCCAAUGGCAAAGUUCCACCUGAAGAGAUUUUAAAGUUUCAAUUUGCAGCUACUGUCUGUUUUCCUAUCUGUCUUUUCUGGUUCGGUUGGACCGGUCGUGCAUCUGUUCAUUGGAUGUCGCCGAUAGCCAGUACUGUGUUCUAUGCCAUGGGUACUUUUAUAAUGUUUCAAACUACGUUUCAAUAUCUCGCCUCUUGUUAUCCAAAAUACGUCGCAUCCGUAUUUGCAGGAAACGAUUUAUUUCGAUCAGGUAUGGCCGCUGCAUUUCCUCUCUUUGCUCGUGCUAUGUUUAAUAAUACAGGACCCUCUUAUGCACCCGUCGGUUGGGGAUGUACAAUCCUUGGCGUCAUAUCUUGUAUAAUGAUUCCCAUACCCUUUGUUUUAUACAAGAUGGGUACGAAAUUAAGAACAAGAUCAAAAUUCGCAGCUUCUUAAUUUUGAUAUAAUGAAGUAAUGAAAACGUUAUAUGAUUAAUAUGGUUUUUAUUGUUGUUAUGGUUUAUGAUAUAUACAGAUAUACAAAUUGUGAAAAUUCCUUUUGUUUAUUUCGCCGUUAUUUAGUUAAUGCCGCACAUUUUUAAUGUUGUUAAUAAGUUGCCGUUGUUGAAAAAA